AUGUGUGCUAGGCUGUUUUAUCGUUUUCAGGAUCUUGCUCCUCAGCUGGUUCCUCUUGACUACAAUAGCAAUCCUGAUGUGAAGGUGCCAUAUGAAGUCAUCAGCAGCAUGCCUGAGCUAAAGGAUAACCCAUUCCGUGAGAGGAUUGCUCAGGUCUUUUCUCAGGAUGGGGAUGGGAACAUGACCUUGGAUGAUUUUCUGGACAUGUUUUCUGUGAUGAGUGAAAUGGCUCCUAGAGAUCUAAAAGCAUAUUAUGCUUUUAAAAUUUAUGAUUUUAACAACGAUGACUAUAUCUGCCCAUUGGACCUGGAGAUGACAGUGAACAAGCUUACUCGAGGUGAGCUGACUCCUGAGGAAGUUGGCCUUGUAUGUGAGAAGGUGAUUAAUGAAGCUGAUGUGGACAACGAUGGCAAACUCUCUCUGGAUGACUUUCAAAACAUGAUUCUACAUGCACCAGAUUUCCUCAGUACCUUUCACAUCCGAAUCUGAAGUGUAGCUGGCAAGCUUGGCUCAGCUUGGCCCUCCCUGGCACUAUUGUAUUUCCAGUAUCAGCUCCCAUCUCUCUGUCCCUACGACUGGAUCUGUUCACUCCAGUCAUGAUCCUGGUUCCCCAUUCUUCUAUAUAACCAGCUAGGCUUGACUCAGCCUUGGUUUCAGUGUCCUACCCAUUCCCAGUAUCUACUCAGUCAGACUGCUUGUGAUCUAGAACUCCAACUCUUUGACCCUAGAAUUAUUUAUUUUUAUAUAGAUAUAGAUAUAACUAACCUUGCCUGAUCUAGUCAAUAUUCCAGGUUAACCAUGAGUCCAGAACUGUGCCCAUCUAUCCCCUAUAAUUAUCCCUGCCCAGCCUAGAUGUGAUCUCAGCUUCCUAUGCUUUCCCAUAACUAACUGGGCCUGAUUUAGCUUGUCCCAAUGUCCUAUUUAUUUCAGUGAUCUGGUUAAUCCGGUCAUGGCUCUAGAUCUCCAUUCUUCCCUGUGACCAGCUUGAUCUUGCCCAUUGUCCUAUCCAUCCCUACAGCUAUUCUUUCUUGGUCUAAUCAUGACCCUCAUUUCCCAUUCUUUCCCAUGACAUCCUUCUGGCCCAGAUAUGAAGCCACUAUCUCAUUAGAAUGUAAACCCAGAGGACAAGGGCUAUUUUAUAUUUUGCCUUUAUAUCCUUAGCACCUAACAGUAUAUAGUACAUGAUAGGCAUUUAAUUAAUAAAUGAUUGUUGAAUUGGGUUGACUUUUUGAGUCAGCUCUUUGUUUCUGCAGUUUGAUUUCCCAUGACUCCAAGGUACUUUAUUGUCAAUACUUAGCUCUACCUUGACAGACUUUGUUUUUAGUGUUCCAUUCCUCCUUUCUUUCUUCCCCAAUGCCUCUCUCAUCUGUCCUGUAACCAAGUCCAGAAGGAUCCAUUAAGGACUAAAUUUUUCAGGGACCAAGUGAGGAGGGAUCAGGACAAUGUCUCCUUUUGGGAGGUGAGAGAAGGACUCAAAAGGGAGGUGGGAAGGGGGCAAAGACAAACUUGAACUACUUUGAAAUUUUGCUUAUAGUUGACCCUGAAGGGAAUUUCCUCCUUCCUUCUAUGCAAUCUGGCCUCUGCUCCCAAAAUUCAGAAGUUGGACUAAUAAUAGAAUUUAGCUAUACCCUGGGUCAAGUGGUUUUUGUGGUCUGUCCUUGAAACAUAACUACUAUUUAUACCAUUUUAUAUUUGAGAGUUAAUGUCUUCUAACUUCUCUAAAACAAAAAUCCAGAUUUUGUUUUUAAACAGCAGCUUUUUGUAAGAUUUUCCUCAGCAGUACAGUCUGGCCCCCCAUGUCUAAAGAGGCUCCCCUUGCUCAGUUUCCCUGGCUCUGUUAUAAAUAGGUGUCUCUUACAGUACCUUUCACAUCUGAAUCUGGUGUCUUCCCCAGUUGGCCUAUUUGUUCCUUCUUGUGGGUCUGUACUCUACCAAUGUCACUUAUUCUGGCUGGACCACAUGUACUUCUACCCUUCAGGGCUAGAAAUAGUGGUUUCCUUCAAGCCUUCUUUGGAUACAGGAAAAGCAGGGUUCUUUCCUGUCUGGGUGUUAAGUGCAUCCUGUUUAGUUACUGCUGGUUUUACAGUGGUUCCCCUGUUCAAAGCACCUUUGUGGUUCACUAUUGCCUACUGAGAAACAUCAUCAUAUAGUUAGUAGUUCUUUUGGUCUCAGAACCCCUUAAAUUUUUUUGAGAAACCCAAAGAGAUUUUGUUUUUGUGGACUAUAUCUAUUAAUAUUUACCCUAUUUGGCAUUAAAAUGACUUAGUAUAAUUAGGAAUAUUAUGAUUAAGUGAUUUAAAUUUGAAAUGAAAAUUAUGAAUUGGAUUUCAUGGACCCCUUGAAAGGGUCUCAGAGACUCCCAGAAGUCUGGAGUCUCACUUUGGACCAUACUUUGAUAAUCACUAAUGGCACAAGUUAGCUUUAUAAUCUUGGAUGAAUCCCUUAACUCUGGGGAGCUUUAGUUCAUCUGUAAAAUAGAGAUGAAUGCAUGCCUCUCAGUGUUGCUAUGAGGAAAGUACUUUGUAAAGCAAUGUAGUAAAGAAAUCUUCCAUUAACUGUCAUUUAAUAAAUUCCAAACAAGUUGAUCAAGGAUCUUCACUAUCUGUCAUUACCCUUCUCAAGCCUUAUCUUACUUUACUCCUCCCCCUUACUCUAUGCUUUAGGCAAAUAGACAACUCAUUUCCCCUAAAUAUAUGCUCUCUUCCCCCAAUUUCCUUUUUUGGGGGGCGGAGUUAUUGUCUUCUAUUUUAUGAACUUCAACCACAACAAACGCACACAUUUUAAUGUUACAAUAAAGGACAUGAAGGAAAAGUUUAUUUGACAUUUGGAAUUUCUGGUACAUCCAUUUUUCAAUAUGUCUGUAAUGCAAUAGUAUAAAAGUCAAAAUGUUGCUGGACAUGUCUGUGUCCCCUUCUGAAUUUUCUUCUGCUUUCUUUUAUAUAUUUUCAAAUGUUUCACUAUGUUCUUUUAUUUUCUUUUUCUUUUUUUCCCCAGUAGUUCUUUUUGAACUCCAAUGCUCAUUCUCUGUCUCCAGAAAAAGGACUCUUUCAGUCUAUAAAUAUUCAAGCAAAAUCAAUGAACACAUUGGUUCUGUCUAUAAAAUAUAUAUUUCCUUCUUCACCUCAGUCUUUACCAACUCUCUGCCAAGGGAUGCUCGAACAGCUAUGUGGUACAAUGGAUAGAAUGCUGCAAAUCAAAUCAUGUGAACUUGGGCAAG